AUGGCUGAAAUACAAUCAAACAUCCAAGAGUUUUUUAAAAACAAAUCCGUCUUCGUCACCGGAGGUACAGGGUUUCUUGGUAAGCUGAUCGUCAACAAAUUGAUUAGAUCAUGCCCUCAGAUCAACCACAUCUAUCUGCUAGUAAGGGACAAAAAAGGAAAAAAUGCGCACGAAAGGCUAGAGGACAUGUUCAAUAUGCCGAUAUUUAAAGACAUGGAUGUAUCAACAUUGAAGAAAAUCAGUGCACUCAGAGGUGACUGUAGCCAAGCAGAUUUGGGACUAUCUGCCGAAGACCUAAAUACGUUAAUCAAAGAAGUAAAUGUCAUAUUUCACAGUGCAGCUACCGUUCGAUUUGACGAACGCCUUGACAUUGCCAUCGGAAUAAACGUAAUCGGUGCCAGAGAAAUCAUAAAACUAGCUCACAAAGUCGAAAAUCUAGAGUCGUAUUUGCAUGUCUCGACGGCCUUCUCCAACUGUCAUAAUAAACGUAUAGAAGAAAAGUUUUAUAAUCUGCCAUAUAACUAUGAAAAACUCAUACAUCUUUAUAAGACAAAAAGUUCAAAUAUACUCGAAAAAAUGAAACCUUUCCUGUUGGGACCCAUGCCAAAUACUUACGUCAUGACGAAAGCGGCUGCCGAACAACUGAUCAAACGUGAAGCCAAGGGUCUGCCCGUCACGAUAGUCCGUCCGGCAAUCGUGAUAGCGACCGCCAACGAACCUCUGCCGGGUUGGAUCGACAAUUUGUACGGGCCGACGGGCAUCGUGACUGGCGUGAUGACGGGCAUAAUAAAAUCGCUGCCAUGCGACGUAAACGUUGUCACGGAUCUGGUGCCUGCCGAUUUGACUGUGAACGCGCUAAUAGCCGCGUCCUGGGACACACACGUCAGACACUGCAGUGCCAGGCCGAUCGAAUCGAUGGGCAAUCACUACACGGACGACCCUCGCAUCUACAAUUUCGUGUCGUCGCCCGAAAACCCAUUGACUUGGGGAAUAUUUUCGACAACCCUGAUGUACUACAUCUUGCAUCGGCCCACGGCUAAAGCAAUGUGGUAUCCGACGUUGAUAAUGAACUCGUCGACGUUUUUACACAAGCUCACCGUACUGGUAUUGCAUUAUUUGCCAGCGUUCCUGUUGGAUUUAGUGUUCAUUUGCACGGGAAAUAAACUCAGAUUGGUCGAACAAUACAAGAAAAUAGGAAAAUUCACUGACAUAUUGGAAUACUUUUCCACGAGGGAAUGGAUAUUCUGUAAUAAAAACGUACAAGGCUUAUGGAACAGCUUAAACAAUGACGACAAAACACUGUUUCCGUUCGAUAUCAAAAAAAUGCAUUGGGAAGAGUACUUGGAUACGUACCACAAAGGGAUAAUGACAUUCUUGCUCAAAGAAGGACCGGACAAGUUACCGGAGGCCAGGAAACGUCUUCAUGGUUUAUAUAUCUGCCAUAUGAUCUUCAAAGGCGCUGUCUACAUUGGACUUAUGAUGCUGUUAUGGGUGAUUUUAAAAAGAAUUUUUUUGGCUUAGUUGUGACUUACUUGCGUGUAUAUACUACAUGGCUCCAUGGAAGCUUAGAUUCAAUUUUAAUCACAUUAAACAUAUAGCUACCAUGAAGUACAAGAUUCCGUAAAUAUGUUUUACUAUAGUUGUUAUCCUUUUUUGACAAAUCAAACAAACCAUUACCUAUUUUAUUUUGUGUACCUUAAUUAGUUGUAUGUUAUAUUUUUUUUAUAGAAUUUAUUUAUAAUUUUUUUUUUACUGUAAAUUUCAUACCUUUCUAAAUCGAAUUAUAUUCAUAAUUUAAGGAGUUCCUGAUAAUUAAUCAAGUGUUUACAUUAGAUAGUAAAUGUACAAUAUUAUGUGUUAAGUAGGUAGUAAUGUAAACAUUUUAUUACAUUUAAUUUAUACAUACAUAUAUUUAUAUUUGAUAGCUAAAAAUGUAUUAUUAUUUAAGAUUAUUUCAUAGUGAAUAAUAAUUUAAUAAGCAAAAAUGUAAUAGCAUACAAUAUGCUGAAACAUUUUCAUUUUAAUAAAUGAAAAAAAUUAUUUAUUGUUUUAAAUUA